AUGGAGGUGGAGGAGAAGAAAAAAAAACGCUAUCCAAACUAUCGUGGGGGAGCGUGUGUCCCCGAGAGCCUCCUUGAUCGCGUAACUCUUGCGUUGCGCGGCGACCUCGAGUAUGAGCGGGACAGGCGUCUCCAACUGGCGGACGCUGUCUCAAAGCAUCAAGCUGAGUUUGCCUUAGCUCAGCUUGAGAACGAGAGAGCUUUGACAUCUCUGCGUGACGAGCUAAGGGUAGCUCGUGGGAUUGUUGAUCGGUCUCGGGAUGAGAUAGCUGCUCUUUAG